GGAGUGCCCCUCGCUGACCGACCGACCGGCCGGGCCCACCAGUGGCACCAGCCAUGUCACCGGGCGAGCGGGCCGACCGGCGGCGCACCGCUCUGACCUUGGCGGCCGGCUCGGCGGCGCGGCGCAGCGCCUGUUGCACGGCGCGACAGCCGACGGCGGCGGCGGCGGCCGGAGACGACGGCAGACGCGCAGCGGAGGCGGCGACGCGCAGGCGUGUCGUCGUCAGACAGUGCGCCGCGCCAGACAGACGGUGGACGCUGGUCGUCAGGACAGACAGAGCCGACGACGAGGAGUUGGGAGCACCCGAGGAGUGACGGUGGCGACUGGUGCGCAGUAGAGGCGGACCAAGGUCUGACAGCCCCGGAUACAGCGCGAGUGCCUCUGAUAAGGCAGCGAUGAGCCAGUACGGUCGAAAACGCAGCGCCAGCUGCCGAGAGGAGACCCAGAGCUCUUCCGCCUGGGAGCCGGCCAGUAAGCGGCUGCGCAGCCUGGUCCACCAGAUGCGCUCGCUGAGUCUCGGCGACCUGCCAUGGUCGCGGCGCAAGGUUGUGCUGGACGUACGGCCGCCGGACCCGCCGCCCACCCCGGACGCCACGCCCCUGCCGGAGCGUCGCGCUCUAACUGCCCCGGCCGUCUCCGCCGCCGCUGCCGCCGCCGCCGCCCUGGCCGCAGCAGCAGCGGCCGCUCAGGCGGCGCCCGAGCCGCGGCGGGGCAGCUACGCCGCCGUCAACCACUCCUGCAGCUUCAGCGUGCCCUCUCCGAGCCUCGGAGGAGCCGACUGUCCGUCCUACGGCGGCGGACAGGGGGCCAAGAGGACUGAGGAUGAGCCGAGCGGCAGUCGGGCCAAGAAGGCGCGCAACAGAAUGCGGCUGGGCCAAAACGGCGUGGUGAUGACUUCCUGUUACAUCGAGCAGACGCUUUACACGUGAGCUGCGACUCCGGUCGGAGAUACCUGCACAGGGCGGCGGCGGAGAGCGGGCCUCUGCACGUCUUCAGUUCAAUAACAUUGCCAGCAUGACUGGCGUCAGUUGUGAGGCCGUGGACACGCGAUGAGGUCACUGUGGGCCUACUGGCACGUGGCUGAGGUCGACGCCAGCGAACACACCCUCCAUAGGCCAUGGUUUUGUGCAAGGAAACGGUCCCGUACCGCUACUUUUGGCCGGAGAGGCGUCCUCUGCAAGUGAUAACCUCUUGACAUGCAUCGGGAAGAUAUUCAACACCGGGAAUAUAAUUCCCUAGACGGGAACGGAAUACAAAGUGGCGUCUGUGCCGGACACGACCAGCUUCGAAGUCAACCGACACUGCUCAUGUCAGUGCAAAUGUAUAUAAUGAAGAGAUGACACAUAUCGAGUACGGAUGGUGAUGUGUUGAGUGCAGGGGCACAUAUCGCGGGGGCGUGGGUAGGGUCGGUGGCCAGGUCAUGGCCAGGCUGUGACUGAUGCGGGACAAUGGUGGUUAGCGGGCAAGCACGAUCUGAAUAAACACAGGAUGGGUUAAUGCAUAGUAGACCGGGUUUCAGUUUUUUUUCGUAGCCAAGAUAGUCGCUUUGAGUGUUUGAGGUUGGAUGGGCGGGGCGCUUACGGUACCACUGAUGUUGCUGUGAUUGUGUGCGACAGGUACAAACCAGGGAGUUGACCGUACUUUGAACAGAAACUGCGCAUUGCGAACGGUCAUGUACCCAUGUGCAGCCCGGGCGUCACAUACAGAAGCAACACGUGAGCGCAUGUGUAUCCCGCACGUGUCCUGCCGGCCUGGCGCCGCCGCACGUGUCGGGGCCACGUGCCAGGGGCGCGGGUACUGGCCAGCCAUGGUGCCAAUACACGAACCGUUCGAGAGA